AUGGAGCAAUUUGGAGUGAAAGCUUCUCCUUCCCAUAACCGUUCUAAGACAGCUUUGUACGUGACCCCUCAGGAUCGUGUAACCGAGUUUGGGAGUGAACUGCAUGAAGAUGGAGGGAAAUUGUUCUGUACUUCCUGCAAUAUGGUCCUGAAUCACGUUCGCAAAUCUGCAAUCAAUGACCAUCUCAAGUCUAAAACUCAUACAAAGCGGAAGGCAGAGUUUGAAGAGCAGAGUGUCAGAAAGAAGCCGAGGGCUCUGACUGCUUCUCUCCAAUGCAACAGUGCUACUCAGACAGAGAAAAUCAGUGUCAUCCAGGACUUUGUGAAGAUGUGCUUGGAAGCUAACAUCCCACUUGAGAAAGCUGACCAUCCAUCAGUGCGAGCUUUCCUGUCUCGCCAUGUGAAGAAUGGUAGUUCCAUUCCGCAGUCAGAUCAGUUAAGGAAAACAUACCUGCCUGAUGGAUAUGAAAAUGAGAACCAACUCCUCAGUAGGGAAGACUGUUGAGAAGAUGACUAUUUUGGGGAUGGCAUAUUAAAGUUACAUAUUGAUGGUGUGG